AUGGCUCACCAUGGUAUUUCAGGUUUAGUUGGGAAACUUGUAACUGAAAUAGAGGUCCACUGCGAUGCUGACGAAUACUAUAAAAUUUUUAAGCACCAAGAUGUUCCAAAUGCAGUUCCUCACCUUUUCACUGGUUGGAAAGUUAUCAAAGGAGACGGUAUCUGCUCUGGAAGUGUCAAGGUCAUUGAUGGUAAGACAUUUAGCGCUACUGAGGAAUCAACACAUACCGAUGAAACAAGGACAGUACAUCAUCGUAUAUUUGAAGGAGACUUCAUGAAGGAUUUCAAGAAGUUUGAUUCGGUGAUUCAGGUGAAACCAAAGCCUGAUGGAAAGGGAAGCAUUGUAAGUUGGUCGAUGGUGUAUGAGAAAAGAAACGAGGAUGUUCCAGCCCCUUCGCUUAUCUACCUUUCGUGCAUCAAAGCAUUAUGGACAUGA